UAUUUUUAUGUCUUUUAGAAUUCAUUCAGUGGCACUACUGUAACUAAAUAAUUAAAAUAAAUUAAAAAUCUUAAAAAAAUUAAAAGAGAGACAGAGAGGAAGAAUUUUGAUUAGAAAAAUAAAAAAAAGAAAGAAAGAAAAACUAAACGGAAAGAAAGGGCUUCCACACUUUGGAGCUUCACGAGCCUAGCUCUUCAACUCAUAUUAAGCAUCUUUUCUUUUUUUUUUUUUUUUUUUUUUCUUUGUUUGUUCGCCAAAAAAUCACACUCCCCAAGAACACUACCAGUUACCCUCUGCUACUCCGAUUCCUGCAAAUUCAAUCUCUAUGCUUCUACAAAACACAAAUAUAAAAGUAUUUAUUUAAUUACGAAUUAAAAAAAAAAAAAAUCAAAGACACGAAAUACGAGCUAAUUUACUUCUUUCUUCUUCUUCUUCUUCUUCUUCUUCUUAGUCUUUAAAAUUUGUUACCAAUCAUUCAUCAUCUACGAGUUGUUGCUGUUUUGUGUGUGAUUAUUAUAACAAAUAUUAUUAUUAUUUGUUCUGGCUUGUUCUUAUUCUUCUAGAAGAUAAAAAAAGCCUCCAUGGAUGAAAUGUACGGAUUUCAAUCAACGGCGGAGUAUGCAGAUAAGGCGUUGAUGUCGCCCGAGAAUCUGAUGAUCUUACCUUCGGAAUACCAGAGCUUGCUGUCUUCGGCGGCGUUUCGCGAUCGGGUUCCGAUGUUCGGAUCCGACGAGUUGCUCUCGGCGGCAUCCGUGAUAUCCGAAGCGGCUUCUAUAGCUCCGGAAUUUCAAAGAGAAGAAGAUGUGUCUAGCAUCAUCAAAGCCAAAAUUGCUUCUCAUCCUAGCUAUCCUAAGCUCCUCGAAGCUUAUAUUGAUUGCCAGAAGGUAGGUGCUCCUCCGGAGGUUGCGAGUUUGUUAGAAAUCCGGCGAGAAAACGACCUUUCUAAUAAGAGAGACUCAAUUUCCACGUGCUUAGGAGCCGAUCCCGAGUUGGAUGAAUUCAUGGAAACCUACUAUGACAUGCUUGUGAAGUAUAAAUCAGAUCUCGCUAGGCCUUUUGAUGAAGCUACCACUUUCUUGAACAAGAUUGAAAUGCAGCUCAGCAAUCUCUGCAAUGGUGUUUCCAUUCGAACUACCCUUUCAGACGAAGGUGGUGGUGCAUCGUCAGAUGAGGAAUUUAGUGGAGGAGAGGUGGACGUACAAGAAUCACAGUUGAGAGGGGAAGACAGAGAUCUUAAAGAUAGGCUUUUACGUAGGUUUGGUAGUCAUAUUAGCACCUUAAAGCUGGAGUUCUCCAAGAAGAAAAAGAAAGGAAAGCUCCCCAAGGAAGCUAGGCAAACACUCCUUGAUUGGUGGAAUGUUCAUUACAAAUGGCCUUACCCUACGGAAUCUGAUAAGAUAGCACUGGCAGAGACAACAGGGCUAGAUCAGAAGCAAAUAAACAAUUGGUUUAUCAAUCAAAGAAAGCGCCAUUGGAAACCAUCAGAGAACAUGCAGUUCGAUGUGAUGGAUGGUAUUUCGGGACAAUUUUUCACAAACGAUCAUUGAGGUGCAUGUACAUUCUUCAAUGUUCCUCUCAUUCUCAUCGUUGAAAGUUAAUUAUUAAAAAUGCUUAAUUUGCGCUAAGCUCGCUGCUUCCUUUGUAUAUUCCGAAAAUUCAUAAUUUAGCUUUUUUUUUUUCUUUUUUUACUGACAUUUUGAAUUAAGAUGCUUCUUUCCCCGUAACAAAUGUAGGGGAAAUAAUUGUAUUUUUGCAUUAUGCUUCGUGUAUAUCCUGGAAUUUGACCAUUGUAUAAUUCAUAACGAAUUAUUUAAGCCUUUUUACAUAUGUAAUUUUGUUA